AUGCUGGAGGAGAAAUUGGAGUACAAGGCUGAACUAGUGGAUGGUAAGCCGGUGUUAUGUUGUAAAUUUGGUAAUGAUAAAGAUUGGAACAAUAUCACAAAUUUAAGAUAUGACGUUGAGAAAUUAACGUUCAUUAGUUUGGAUAACAAGAAAUUCACUUUUUCAAACUGUAGUAAUGAGUUAAAAGAUCUAACGUUCGCUAUAAUGUUUGGUUGUGUUUGUUCUGAGGUAAUUUAUAAGGACCAAAUACUUUGGAGUUACUGGGUGAGUCCUUUCUGUGGUUAUCCUAUUAAACUGCUUUUCAACCUUAAAAAUAAUACCUUGGCUCUGUCUUUCAAGCAAAAUAAACUCAUACCUCUAAAUAUCAACUGUUACAAUUCCACUAAUAGUGAUAUUAGUGGUGAGUCAAUUAACUCCGUAAAUACUGUGAAUGACAUGAUUGACGGUAUAUUUGAGAUUGAGAAUGGGUUCGUAGAGAUGAUAGAUAAGGAUGGAUGUGUAAAUACUGUGGAGACGAGUUUGGGUUUGGCAUGGCGAAGGGAACCAGACGAACCGUUCCCAGUCUCGGUGAUAUACCAAGGGAACAACCGGGUGAUAAUUGUUAGCAGGAAUCAGUUCAUAACUUGUACAUUUAAUGGAGUUCAAUGGUCCAGAAACACCACUAAAACACUUUAA